UCUGUUCGUGUAUAAAGAGAAAAUAAGAGAGAGAAAGAGAAUUAUUUUGCUGGAAAUCGAAAAUAAAAGUCACGCCUUAAAUGCAACAGAUGUCUUCUUGAGAUAAAUUCGAUUCGCGUUCAAGUCACAGCAGUCGGCUUUGAAUUUAUUCAACAAGUACACAGGUGAAAGGAAGGAUGUGCCAUAUAAUUGUAGAAUGUCUUGUAUACAUUCCACGGAAGCUGCACACGAUUCCUCUAAAUACAUCAUAUUGCGAUUACGUUAGAUUGCAACAUUUUGAUUGCGAUAAAAACUUUCAUUUCUCUCUUUCUCUCUUCAGUUGAACUUGAUACGUCUAGCAAACAUCUGGAUCAUUUUCCCUAUUUCGAGAAAAUAUAAAUUUUGUACGUGUAAAUUAAUUAAUUAAUUAAUUAAUUAAUUACGAGAGUGAGAGAAAAGGAGAGUUUUAUCUAUUGAAGUAGUAAAUAUUUUACUCUAGAUAAUGAGUAGGUAAUGGUAGAUAUGUUUUAUUUAUGUUAUCGCAUCACGCGUAAUUUCUGCAAAACCGCAGAGAUACGCGAUCGAUAAUCCUUUCCCUCGUUCGACGCCAUCGACACCGAAAAGCGAGAGUGACGAUUUUUCAUAUGCGAAAUAAAAACAGAAACGUAACGCAAAGAGAUUCCGUACACGCAAACAAGAAAACGCAAAAGAGUGAAAAUAUCAUGGUCGCGCCUACAUAUAUUUUUCUUGAAAACUUUUUCAUUCCUAAAUAUACCUAUAGUUGCACAAAGAGAAUUUUCUCUUAGAAUUUGCCCUUAAAAUCAUGGUCCUAAAGCGACAUCAAAUAAUCUCGUUUCACGACUAGAGGAAUUCUUUUCCGAGGAAGAGCGAAAACUCAUCCCGUAAAAUCAACAAACGUCAAAAAUGCGGAUCAUCCAACUCAGUUGCGUCUUCCUCGCCCUGCUGAUGACAGCAUCGGCGGUACCAGCGUCAUCCUCAUCAUCGAAGGGUGGUCGACCCGAUGAUCCAGUCAAAGGCAAGAAGACUACCCCGAUCGCGCCUAUCAAGACCUCCUCGAGCACCGCUACGACCGCCUCGAGGCCGCUGAAGAACGCGACGUUACCCUACGUCACCCUGAAGAACGUGACGUUACGCUCGUCAUCGCCGUCGUCGAUCGCGACGACGGUCCACCAGGUUCCAGCUCAGGUGACCACAUCCGCGACGACGAUGCUGAAGCUGCCGUCGAUCUCGCCGACGACGUCGAGCGCGACGACGUCGACGUCCUCGUCGUCCACGUCGACGGCCACCUCCUCGUCGUACGCGUCGUCCCUGUUCUCGUCCACGGCGAGUCUCUCGAGCGAUCCAGCUGCAGGCUCCUCCUCGAGUUCCGGCUUCACCGAGACGUCGCCGAGAAUAAUCUCGCCCACUCAGCACACGACGUCGGGACUGUCGUUGAGAAAAUCAGCGGUCUCCGCCGUCGCCGAUGUCACGACCACCGUCCCCUUGACGUCGGCCAAGGAGACACGAGAGUCGCCAGGCAAGAUUAGACCGCAAAUCAAGCUGACGACAAAUUACACCAGCGAGACGGGAGUACGACUGCCGGAGGGAGCCAGCGCGGCGCUCGCGAAACCGACCAAAUAUCACUACUAUCCGCACAAUCAGCACAUCUAUUUGCUGCCGGAGUGCGCGGUCCAGCAAGUGUGCAACGCCGUUUACGUAAGAUUGAACUUCACGCAGCCGCUGUGUGCCUGUCCCGGAAGAUACCGGGAUCCGUGCAGCGCGUCCUUGGACAGCGACGACCUGCACACGACCGAGCUGGUGACCGAUCCGCGAACCAAGGCCUUGACCUUAGUAAAAACGUGCGAGCCGGUUGCCGAGAUGCGAGAGUGCAGAGCGUCACGAGAUUGGUCCCUACUAGCGUUGCAGAACGUGCGUACAGGAAAAUCGCAUUACCUCGUAAUAUGCCGAUGUCCCGACACAAACAUACUCGAAGGACCUAUGAGUCACGAUCAGCCGACUUAUGCCAGCGUUCCGGGCAUUCGAGUAUACGGAAUGAUGUGCGUACAAGGAAAUAGAAGAGGACGACCAUUGCGAUAUUCCCGCAGCAUUUCGAGUCACGUAGAAGACGAGGAGAAACCGCGUUUCCCCUGGCACAAGGUGCGACAGCUGAUGGCGACGUCGUCUCUGUGGGAAUAACGCAACGCAAUAUUCCAUCCCAUAUUCUGCCAUCGACGAAUUUACACGUUUAAUUAAUAACGCUAUUAUAUUUAUAAUUCUUCGAGCCGUUCCCCGAGCUCGAAUUCUACGUUCCCGUUUCGUUUCCCACGUAGUUUACUCUCACGCUUCCUUAACUCCCGAACGGGCGCACCGGGAUCAACAAAAUUAAUAAUGCACAAGCAAUUCAUACUAAUUAUUUAUUUAUUAAACGCGUUUUGUGUAUUUUGCCAUUUUUUUUCGUUAAAUAUUCGGACGACUUUUGCGCUUUCGCAAUGAGAGUAUCGUCACUUCGGCUUGAGAAAUGAUUUUUUUAAGGAGUAAAAUAUAGAAUAAGAAUUUAAUUUAU